UCUAGAGCUUUUUUACAGUACGUUUCGUUUGUGCCACAGUCUCUUUUAAAACGUUCAUCCACAGCGUUAAACAUGGGUAGGGAAAGGCAACAUUUACGGUAUGUUAUGUUUCAUUGUUCCAAAAAAGGUGAUAGUGUAAAGAAUACUGUCGACGAGAUUUGUACCGUGUAUGGGCAUGGUGCUAUAACUAUUACAACCGUUCGCAAUUGGUUUAAAAAAUUUAGAGGGGGAAAUUUUAAUCUAAAAGAUGAAGACCGUAGCAGCCAGCCAAAAACAACGGAUACGGACCUUAUCAAGGCGAUGCUUGAUAAAAAUCCGCGAUAUAGUGUGCGCGAGAUAGUGAAUGCCACUAGGAUUCCCAAAACAACAGUGCAUAAUCACCUAACUAAGAUGGAAUAUGUUAAUCGCUGCGAAGUUUGGGUUCUGCACUUAGUGAUGGAGAUCACAUAUUGCAUUAGCGGUAAGAGAAAAGCUCUUACAGUUUGAUUGGGAUGUUUUACC